UGUGUCCUUUUUUCUUUAUUGAAAUAAAUGAACUCCGUUUAGGAUUUGAUCGUGCGCGAGGGAGCGGUUUUACACAGACGAUCUUUGAACACACCUGUCGCUAGGAUACUUUGCCCUCCUCUGCCGUCACGCUAUUGGAGGAUGAGUGAUGGGGGAAGUGCUGCCCCGCUGGAAGUUUGUUACCUUCGUUUCGGAAAAAGAUCCAGAGUCAACAAACUGAGAGGAAUCGUUCUGUUUAGAACUUCGAGUGUGAGAUUGUGUUUAAAAAGUUACUUUAUUUAAGGAGUUUGUCUGUGUUGUAAUGGAGUUUGGUGAAGAGUCGUCGCCUGCUCUGGCCUUUGAGAAGAACGCCUUUGAGCUCACUGUCGAAGAUGUCUAUGACAUUUCAUACGUGAUCGGCCGAGAUUUGUUAAAAAUCAGCAGCACCGGUGAGGAAGUGUCGGAUUUACAGUUCAGGAUAGUCCGGGUCCUCGAGAUGUUUGAAACUUUGGUGAAUAAGUACAAUCUGUCAGUGGAGGAGCUGAAAAUGGAGCGAGACAACCUGAAGGCAGAGCUGGACAGGAUCAUCAAGGAGGGCUCUCCUUCCUCCGGACAUGGCGCGCAGCAAACGGGAGCAAAUCAGGUGGUGGUGGACUUGAAUGAUCCGAACAGACCGCGCUUCACCAUGCAGGAGCUGAAGGAGGUGCUACAGGAGAGGAACCAGCUGAAGGCUCAGCUCAUGGUGGCUCAGGAGGAGAUCCAGCUAUACAAGAGUGGGAUUCUACCUCAGCCUGAACCAGCCAUGGUCGACGUGGAUCUGGAUACACCAGCAGCCAGAGAGGACAGUUCAUCCACUAUAAAUGAGAAGACAACUAUAGGAAAACUGUUUUCAUUUAGGAGAAAAUGAGAGGAAUCUUCCAGAAGAUCUCAACGUUUAAGAGACAGAUGGGAUUUAACUGCACAAUUUUCAACCACUCUUUUAAUUAUUGUUUACACAUACAUCAGGUUAAUAAUCUUUUGCACUGUAGAUUUUAACCGAAGAUAUUUUUUAGUAUUACAGUGCUGCAGAAGCUGAACUACAAAUAUUUUAAGGUAACUGGAAAGUAUUAUGUUUUAAUUAUUCCCUUUGUACUUUUCUAAAUGAAGUCUUAAAAGAUGAAGAUAUUAUGCACAGAACCAAGUAAUUAAAAUAUGGUCACAUUCAGCCAAUGGCGUCAAACACAGAGAUGGUUCUUUUAUUGCUGGGUAUUUAUGCAGAAUGUAAAAAAAAUAAAUGGAUGAAUACCAGCUCCCACCUUAUGUAUGAUAUUCAAAGUGAAAAUAAAACCAGAAUUUGUAA